UUCGUGUAGGAAGAGAAAGUUAAUUCAAAGAAACUGUCAGGCAAGCUUCCUCUCUCUGUAGGAAUAAUUAUUAUCCCCUUUCACCAUGGCCCACCUGGGAGCCCACUUUGCCUUCAGAUCCCGCUGGCAGAAGACCGAUGAUGAACUCUGUCGACAUAGCAUGUCCUUUAUUCUUCACAGAGCCAUUUGCAAUGACUUCUUUCAGAGCUAUCUCUACCUGCUGGAAAAUAUUCCCCUGGUGAAAUUGUAUGCUUUAACAAGUCAAGUCAUCAAUGGUGAGAUGCAGUUCUAUGCCAGAGCUAAACUCUUCUAUCAAGAAGUACCAGCUACAGAAGAGGGUAUGAUGGGAAAUUUCAUUGAACUGUCCAACCCAGAUAUCCAGGCGUCUCAGAAAUUUCUCAGGAAAUUUGUUGGGGGCCCUGGGAGAGCUGGGACGGACUGUGCCUUGGACUGCGGCUCCGGGAUAGGAAGGGUCAGCAAGCAUGUCCUGUUGCCGGUUUUCAACACCGUGGAACUGGUGGACAUGAUGGAAUCGUUUCUCCUUGAAGCACAGAACUACCUGCAGGUCAAAGGGAACAAGGUAGAAAGCUACCACUGCUAUAGCCUGCAGGAAUUCACACCCCCACUGGGAAGAUACGACGUCAUCUGGAUUCAGUGGGUCAUUGGGUACCUGACCGAUAAAGACCUUCUUGCGUUUCUUUCCCGGUGCCGAGAUGGCCUGAAGGAAAAUGGCAUCAUCAUACUGAAGGACAAUGUGGCCCGGGAGGGCUGCAUCUUCGAUCUUUCUGACAGCAGCGUGACUCGGGACAUGGACAUCCUCCAGACCCUCAUUAGGAAGAGUGGGCUGGUGGUGCUGGGCCAGCAGAAGCAGGACGGCUUUCCAGAGCAGUGCGUCCCGGUGUGGAUGUUUGCGCUGCACCGCGAUGGAAGCUCCUGACCAGCUGCCGGAGUGAACGACUGCCCUGCACAGUGGUGCUUUGGGAAGAGUGGCUCUCCUCUGAUUCACAAGUUACAUCCCUUGUGAUCCAUGGAGGAAUGAACAGAAGGGAGGCAAUGUAUGUUUCAAAACAGUUGAUGUCACGUUUCCACUAAUUAUGUAAGUACAUGCACACACGCUGUGACUUUUCCAAAAGAUAAAUGGAAUGUGACAUCUGGAAAAACAUCUAAACCGUACCAGUGUACCCAUAAAAACAGGAAAAGGAGCAACAUCCACAAAAUAUAAACUGCGUUGGUCUCUGAAGAUUUGCAUUAAAGAGUAGUUUAGGGUGGGUGAGAUGAAGUCUAGACCACCUUUCUAUACCCUCAUGCUAGAUACUUUAUACUUCCUUCCUUUGGGAAUAUUACUUCUCUUAGAAAAAAGUCUCCCCCUAAUUAAGAAAGCACCAGUGAAAAUAACCUUGUAAAACAAUUCCAUUACUUAAUUUUGUCUUUAGCAGAAAAAAAGAAUAUGGUUUCACUUUCUAUUUUGGGUCAGUUUUGCUGUCCAAUGAUGUAAUAUGGAUGUAAUUUCUUAACAGAAGUCUGCAUUUCAGUGAUGGGAAAGUGUCUCCUUUCAGGAGAAAAUGUUUUACCCUUGAAUUUCAGCUGUGAACAUGUAAGUGAAUGUCAUUGAUAAUCUAGUCACUGGCUUCUAACACAACUUGCUUCAUUGCAGUUGCUCCUGUUUCCUUGAUUGAUAAGAAUGUACACUGGAAAGAGAUAGGAAAUGGUAAACCUGAAAACUGAACUAACUGCAUUAGUUUAAUUAAAAAUAUCUAAAAUCUUUCAAAAACAAAAAUGUAAUUUAAUUUCUAUUAGCAAAAUGUUUAAAUAUAACUCCUAUUUUAUUUAAAUGCUCUAAAGUCUUCAUGUGAAUGAUUUGUCUUUUGAUGUAUUAUAUAUUGAGUCUUCUAUGAAAUACAAUCAGUUUAAGUAAAUAAAGUCUGUUAAAUGCAUA